AUGGACUCGGAUGUGGUCUUGGAGUCAUUUCUUGAGACAAUCGACGACAUUCCGCGUGAGCUCAAAUCAAAUCUCGCAAGGCUCAAGGAUUUAGAUCAGAGAUAUCAAGCUCAACUCCAACAAUUACGAUUCCAGAGGCAACAGUUUUAUGAAAAGACGGCGCAGCCAACUGUAUCUGAUGAGGUCGAGAUGGAGCAUCUGAAGGAGUACAAUGAUCGGUAUUCAAAGGCUUUCAAGACUGUUAAUGAUAAGGUUGCUGAGAGUAGGAGUAUACUGGAACAUUUCCAAACCCAUAUCGCACGCCUCGAACGUGACUCUCUCCGUGUAAAAUGCAGCGAUAAACUAGUGGGCUUCCUAACCGAAUCCCAAACCAAUUUCACCCUACCAUCUCUAUACCAGCCUCAAAUACCGCCACCUCAGCUGCAACUCCAAUACCAACCAUCACAACACCAAACACGUCGUAUAUCAUCAUACCAAACACCCACCACACGAGCAGAUUCCGAAGAAUCGACUGAUUACAUGUGGCCGGAAAACAAUCCAGUGUAUAGAACAGUCGGUAGUAAUGUACCGCAACCGAGUCAGAGAGUUGCUGCUCAGGUUGCUAAUAGUCAGAUUCAGGUGCUGAGUAACAAGGAACAGCAGCCGGUUGUGAGUAGGAAUAACGGUAGUGGGAUGUUGCCACCACCGUCGACUCCUGUGGCGAAUACGUCGAGUAUGGUGGGUGUUGGGGCGUUUCCGACUCCGGCUGCUACUGUUGUGAGGAGUACGCGUGGGGCUUCUGAUCGUGACUCUGUUGUAAGCCUGAAAAGAAAAGCAACAGAUGCAGACGACGAUUUAUCGUACACCGGUACGAGACCUGUUGUUCCAGCUGCUGCUCCCAACAAGAAGCAGACAAUGGCACCACCAGGUCCACAGCAACGCCAACGCACACACUCAACGUCAAGUACAACCGCCAAAUCAGCAGCAGAAGAAGACAACACGCUAUACUGUACUUGCCAGCAAAUCUCGUUUGGGAAUAUGGUUGCUUGUGAUAAUGAUAAUUGCGACAUCGAAUGGUUCCACUGGGGAUGUGUCGGUCUAACAAGCACACCCAAAGGAUCCUGGUACUGCCCUACAUGCACUGCUCGUGGUUUUGGAAGAAGUGGUGCUAACGGUGCUGCAUCCGUAUCUGGUGGUGGCACGCGGCCAGGGUCUGCUAGUACGUCGGGAACAAGUGUUGGUGGUGGGAAUGGAUUGGGUGGUGACAAGGGUCGUCGUGUAAGACGUCGAUAG